AGUAAUUACGCCUAAUGUUAGUACCCGUACUUUGAAACGGGCGAGCUACAUGCACAAAUGUUUUGAUCUCUCUAGACUGCCCAAAGUCCCAGGUUUUCGUUCAAUCAACCGUCGUAAUGUAACACCCGGCUCCCCUCUUCCUUCCCUCUUCCCCGGUAUGGCGCCGUACGACCCUGCCCGCACCGUCGACCCAACGCACCCCGCCACCCGGUGGAAAGCUCGUGCCUUCCCGAAUUUUAGUUGCUCCGCGUUCAUGCUGCGCGCUGUACCAAAGGGUGCGCUUUUACGCCCAGAGUUCGAGAGUCCCGUGUCUCAGGCGGAGCGCUCGACCAUGGUGCCGUGCGGGAACAGGAAGAACAGUCGCAGGAGGUUGGAUAUGAGCAUUUUAUUCAUGAUAUCGAAGAAGAAGACGAAUAAGAGGGCAGUGGUGCGCAACAGAAUCGCGAUGCGCAUUAGGGCUGCCUUUGAGCUCAUCGUCGUCCGGGGUGCGGAUGCUGAGCCCAGAGAGAACGUGCAAGGCGGAGACGGGGGAAAAGAGAGUAGGCCUGAAGAAUCAGCAUCGUCAACCGUUGCUCGGAAGCCCAAUAAAAACAAUGACCGUUCGGUACACAAGGCGAGACUCGCCAACAUGGUAUUUUCAGCCACCCCGCCUAAUCUUGGGCUGGUGUCCAAUCCUGCGCCUACCAAACACCUAAUCCUCCAAGACUGGACAUAUGUUAUGUCGCCCUCUCUUCUGAGCUACCGCAUGCCCCUCCCCGAUCUCAUACAACACCUCCGUACAGGCCUUGAGAGCAUUCGAGCACAGUCUAUGAAACUCGAUGCGCUAUGGGCACUGGACAAGAGAACAGCCAACUUGCCUUUGGCCCCCAUCACAAGCGAAGAACCUGAAGAAAACUGGCGACAGAUCGCAACUGACGAGGAUGAGCUCCCCGCGCUAUUCGACCUCGAUGCGCCAGAGCAAGCCUUCAACAAGAAGGAACGAUCUAUCAAUACGCAGAAACAGCCUAUCAAGCUGUUUUUCCCGACAUUGCCGCCGUCUGGAGAGUCCCUCUCUGCGUUGUUCGCUGAUGGUCAGCCUGUUACUUCGCCCACAUGCACUACGAGGCGAUUGACUCCAUUGGCGAAUGGACCAAGUCAUCGGUCUCCCGAUUCCAUUUCUGAUCCUUCGAAAGUUCUCCGACCUCAUCGCCCUGCACAGUCUAUAUUUAAAACUGGUGCAAUGGAUCGUCUUGCGACCGUAAAGAAUCGGCCCCUAGUUGUACUGGGUCGUAAAUCAGAACCAAGACAUGUGUAGAAAUUUUGCGGGUAUCAAUGAUACCCAGAUCACUCCACCGCUUGUACAUUAUUCACCUAGUAAGCUUAAUCUUCGGUCAUUUGUUCGUACGUUGUCGGUGAUUCUUGGUGAUCCGGAGGAACGCGCGCGGAGCUUCACAUCAUCAU